AUGCAAGGCUUCGCGAUAUGCGAAGUAGCGCGCAUCAAUACAAAAACGUACAAGGGCAUGAAGCGAAAUAAACAGUACGCUCACUUAUUAUCCACGGAAGGUGGGAGCAUCGCUGAUGUCCGGCGGUGCUCUGCCGCUGCCGCGGGGCGUGAUGGGGGCGCCGCCGUACGGCAUGCCGCGCGGCCCGAUGCCGGCGCGUUCGGCGGGCCGCCGAUGCCGCCGAUGGGGGCGCCACCGCGGGGCGGGCGGCCCGACGGCGGGUUCUCGUUCCCGCACGAGCGAUUCGGGCCGCCCGACUCGUUCCAGCGUCCGCCGCCGCUGCUGGGCCGCGAGAUGCCGCCCUACGCGUACUUCCCGGGCCGCUCCGACUUCGGCGACGGCCCGCCCGACUACAGACAGGGCGGCCCGCCGAUGGGACAGGGCGGCCCGCCGAUGGGGCGGCCCGAAUUCGGCGACGGCGCGCACCAGGGACGCCUCGACUUCCGGCAGGGGCCGCCGGGCCGCGACUUUGGCGACGCCGGGGGAGGACACCGGCCGGACUUCCGGCCCGGGCAGCCCGCCGGGCGGCCCGAAUUCGGCCAGGGGCGCCCGCCGUUCGACAACGCAGGCUUCGCGCGCGUCGGUGGAAAGGGUCCGGAAUCUUCCCCGUUCCCGGCCAACGCUGACCGGACGUGCCGCGACUCGGGACGCGACGGGAACCAUCCGGACGCCUUUCGUCCCGGACGCCCGGAGUUCGGGGAAGGCGGGCAGCAGCCUCCAUCGUCGCUCGUCCAUCCCGACCUGCGGGCGCGGAAGCCCGUCGAGCCGCCGCCGCCGCUGCCGUCGUCGUUCCCGGAGCGACCGCGACGCGAGUCGGGACGCGACGGGAAUCAUCCGGACGCCUUUCGACCCGGACGCCCGGAGUUCGGGGAAGGCGGGCAGCCGCCGGCGCCAUCGUCGCUCGUCCAUCCCGACCUGCGGGCGCGGAAGCCCGUCGAGCCGCCGCCGUCGUUCCCGGAGCGACCCCGGCGCGAGUCAGACGUCAGCGCCGGGAAGGAUCCCCGGGACGAGCGAGGAUCGGGAUCGGGAUCGGGAUCGAGACAGGAUCAGGAGCAGCUGCUUCCUCCUACGCUGUCUUCCGGACCCGGAGGCGGAGGCGAGCGCCAGC